UACCCGUUUUGGAAAUUGCCGAUAGUAGGAUACAUCACGACCUGCGAAGGAUAUGGACCAGCUGGCCGCGGCCCUCACUGGUUCGCUUCGGGCCACGUCGCCGCCGAUCAGCUUCCGUUUAUAGGCCGUCAACAACACAUUGCUUCAAGGAUCGUAGCAGGAAUCCUAUCGCAGCUCCGGUAGCAAAUGUUGCUUCAAAUCCAGCACAUCCAUCCUUUCCCCGCUGCGCACCGGACUCGGAGGAUAGAUGAUUCAAACACGCGGAAGUCGUCUCCGCCGCGCGCGGCGCUUCCUUCGAGGACCAAGAAAAUCAUGGAAAAGAUUUCAUCAAGUAAUGAAGUUGGUGGUGCUGGAGGAGCUUACUCGUAUGAUGCUUUGCAGAGACUAGACCAAGCAUGGACAAGUCUCUUUUCAACAUCACUAGAAGAAGAAAAGGUUGCUGAAGUUGUUUCACGUGUUCCUGGUUCAUCUAGGAUUUUAGAUAUGGAGGAACAUGCUGGACGUGCUUUCGAUGUUUUAGUCUGUGGUGGUACACUCGGAAUAUUUGUUGCUACUGCACUCGUUUCCAGAGGUGUUAGUGUAGCGAUAGUUGAAAGAAAUCUGAUUAAAGGGAGAGAACAAGAGUGGAAUAUUUCAAGAAAAGAGCUCCUUGAACUUGUAGAUGUUGGCAUUCUCUCAAAAGAAGAAAUUGAGAAUAUUGUUGCUGUUGAGUUUAACCCUAAUAGAUGCGGUUUUGAGAAGAAAGGUGAUAUUUGGACUGAGGAUAUUCUUAAUCUUGGAGUUUCGGGAUGUCUUGUCUGCCCAAACAUUUUCAAUUCCUUUCUAACCGGAGUGUCUAAAACCGUCCAAGUCAUGCCUUUUCAUAGAUCUUUUUGGAUGUUUUGGGGCAUUGAUUUGAUUGUCCACCUAACAAAUGGGGAUAGCUUAUAUUCUCGUCUUAUUAUUGAUUCAAUGGGCAACUUUUCCCCAAUAGUAAAACAAAUCAGGUCUUGCAGAAAACCAGAUGGUGUAUGUCUUGUUGUUGGUUCUUGCUCACGUGGUUUUGAUGAGAACACUUCAAGUGAUAUUAUUUUCUCUUGUUCAUCUUCAAAGAAAAUCGAAGAUACUCAACUGCAGUACUUUUGGGAGGCAUUUCCUGCUGGUUCUGGUCCUACGGAUCGAACUACUUAUUUGUUCACUUAUGUUCAAGCAAAACCUGGAUCCCCAAAGUUAGAAGACCUUUUUGAAGACUAUUGGGAUCUUUUGCCAUCUUAUCAGGGUGUACCUAUAGAGAGAUUGGAGAUACUAAGGGUUAUAUACGGGAUCUUUCCUACAUAUCGUGACAGCCCCUUGCCUGCAGCUUUUGAUCGCAUAUUACAGGUUGGCGAUGCCAGUGGUAUUCAAUCACCAGUGUCUUUUGGUGGUUUUGGAAGUAUGAGCAGGCACCUUAACCGGUUGUCAAAUGGUAUAUGUGAUGCAGUGACGGGAAAUUUCCUCGAUGCAUAUAAUUUGAGUAUGCUAAACCCUUACAUGCCGAACUUAAGUGCAUCAUGGCUGUUCCAAAGAGCAAUGUCAGCAAAAGAUCAUACUGAGGUCUCACCAACUUUUAUCAAUGAACUUUUAUAUCUCAAUUUCCAAACUAUGCAGAAACUCGGGGAUGCAGUGAUUAGACCCUUUCUACAGGAUGUGAUACAAUUUGUACCUCUUGUGAAGACCUUAGGUUCUGUGAUGCUAACCCAACCCCAGAUAUUGCCUUCCAUAUUCAAGCAGGUUGGACUGGAGGUGAUACUCGACUGGUCUCUUCAUUUUUUUAUGCUCGGCUUCUACACGUUUCUCGCAAGCUACAUUGAUCCUGUUGUUAGGCCAUGGAUAAAGUAUCUCCCAAAGAGGGGCAAAUACACAUGGAAUCGGCGUUUAGAAGCAUGGAAAUAUGGGUCCGGUUUAGAUUACAAACAACUUAAUUAAUUAUAAUUCAUGAAAUUUAACUUCCAAAAGAAUAUUUUAGCUUAAGUUGUCAUUAUAGUAAAACCUAUGUUUAUAGCAUACAGAUUUUCAUUCGUAAAUUUGCAUCUAUGAUUUUAAAUUAUGAAAUAGCAUUUUUAUUGUUCUAAAGUAUGUAAUUUGAUAUGGUAUAUAUAUCAUUUUAAACCUAGCUUUUUCUCA